AUGGCUGAAGGCACUGCAACCGCACUUAUCCGCAGGGUAGUGGUGGUGGUAGAGCCCUACCUGCCACAGGUUCCAAAACCCAAGAAGAAGCUGCAGCUCCAGACCAGGCUGCUCUGGUCGGGCCUUGCACUGCUCAUAUACAUGGUGAUGGGCCAGACGCCGCUCUUUGGGGCGACCACCCCCGAGUUUGACUUUCUGGCCUUUGCCCGUGUGAUCUUUGCAUCGCAGCAGGGUACCCUGGUGGAGCUGGGAAUCGGACCCAUAGUGACCGCCGGUCUCCUGAUGCAGCUGCUGCGUGGCUCGGACAUCCUCAAGUUCAACUUUAAAAAGCCCGAGGAGAGGGGCGUCUUUCAGACCGCCACCAAGCUUGUCACGUAUGUGGUAAUCAUCAUCGAGUCCAGCGUGUACGGCAUAGCGGUGUACGGGCCCAACAUUGCAGAUCCCAACGUCCUCUACAUCCUGGUAGGCCAGCUGAUGGCGGCAUCGAUCAUAGUCAUGUUCCUGGACGAGAUGAUCCAGAAGGGAUGGGGACUGGGCAGCGGAAUCAGCCUCUUCAUAAUGGCAGGCGUCGCGCAGCAGAUCCUCUGGAGCCUGUUCAGCCCCCUGCCCGGGGGCGACGGCGGGUACAUCGGCAUCGUACCGUACCUGGCGCAGUCCGCCAUAGCCGGGGAUCUCAGCAGCGUCUUCUUCAGGGCUAACCAGCUGCCCAGCAUAUUCGGCCUGCUGUUGACGGUAGGCGUCCUGCUGAUUCUGGUCUUCACCCAGGGCAUGAAGAUAGAGAUCCCGAUCGUAUCCACAAAGUACCGGGGCUUCUCGGCGGUGUACCCCAUCAAGCUCAUGUACGUCUCCAACAUACCCGUAAUCCUGGCAUCGGCGCUUACCGCCAACGCGGUGUUUAUGGGGCAGAUGUUCUGGGCCAACUUCAACCCGCAGAAUAAUAACGCCUUUAUGAACCUCAUAGCGCAGUUCAAUCCCACCAGCCCCUCCUCGCCCAUCGGCGGCCUCAUAUACUACGUGACGCCGCCCAGGGGUCUGGACGUUGCCGUGCUGGAUCCCGGCCGGGCCAUAGGCUAUGUCCUGUUCAUGAUAGGCAUAGUGGUGGUAUUUGGAAAACUCUGGGUCGAGCUGGGGGGCCUGUCGCCCAAGAAGGCGGCAGAGAACCUGCUUGAUGCGGACGUGCAGAUACCUGGCUUCCGCCGCUCCAACAAGCCCAUCGAGUCGCUUCUGAACAGAUACAUUCCGUCAGUCACGCUCAUCGGUUCCAUAAUACUAGGGACCCUGGCGGGAAUAUCUGACGUCUUGGGCGUGUUUGGCUCCGGCAUCGGCAUACUGCUCAUGGUGGACAUCCUGAUCAACUAUUACAACCAGCUCAUACGGGAACAGGUCGAGACGGUCAUGCCGCGCCUGGGAGCGCUUCUGGGAAGAAGGUAG